AAAAUCAAGUCCAUCAGUUUAUCAAUAUCUUGAUCCCUCGCUCGCUCAUGACGACGAGUAAAGAAAACGAGAACUUCAACGCCGCGGUGUACGAAACUGACAUCUCCUCCACUACUAGAACCGAAUUCCCUCCCAUCACAACUACGGAAACACAGGAUACCGGUCCAACAGAGUCCGAACCUCCCACUCAGAACCCCGAGUCCGAUUCAGCUCCCGCAACCGACCAUCCGGCUCCGGUAGCUACCACAGCCGCCGCCGCGGUUUCAGUCGAUAAGAGAUGGUCGGGAUGGCCCGGAGACUGUGUGUUCCGGAUCAUCGUGCCGGUUCUCAAGGUCGGUAGCAUCAUUGGACGCAAGGGGGAUCUCAUCAAGAAGAUGUGCGAGGAGACUCGUGCCCGCAUUCGCGUUCUGGACGGCGCCGUCGGAACUCCCGAUCGCGUUGUUCUGAUAUCAGGAAAGGAAGAGCCAGAGUUACCUCUUUCCCCUGCAAUGGAUGCUGUGAUACGAGUUUUCAAACGCAUCUCUGGACUAUCUGAGGGCCAAGAUAAAAUAUCUGGAGCCGCUUUUGUUUCAUUUUCCUCAUUCCGGAUGUUAGUGGCAUCCACACAAGCCCUUAAUUUAAUUGGAAAACAAGGCUCAUUAAUCAAAUCUAUACAGGAGCAUACUGGUGCCUCUAUCAGAGUAUUGUCAGGAGAUGAGGGGCUGCUCUAUGUUGCUGCAGAUGAGAGGAUUGUGGAAUUGCAGGGAGAAACUUUUAAGGUUCUCAAAGCUCUAGAAGUGGUAGUGGGUCACCUGAGGAAGUUUGUGGUUGAUCACAGUGUUCUUCCUCUUUUUGAAAAGAAUUACGCUGCGCCUAUCUCACAAGAUCAUGUAGUAGAUGUCUGGUCUGACAAGUCAUCACUUCACGCUGCUUUUCAAACUGCAAUUACCACUGAUUAUCCUCUCUCUGUCUCUACAAAGAGGGAUUCUGUAUUCUAUGACCGUGAACCUCUCUUGGAGUCUCAACUCCCACCCUCGGGAAGGUCACUCUACGGACAAGAUCCUAGAUUUUCUGGAGUACGUUCUUCAGGAUUUGCUCGUGCUGGUGCUCCUAUUAUUACACAGAUUACACAAACGAUGCAAAUCCCACUGUCUUAUGCUGAGGCUAUCCUUGGACUUAAAGGGUUUAAUAUCUCUCUCAUUCGUCGAAGUAGUGGAGCAAUCUUGACCGUGCAAGAGAGCAGGGGACGACCCGAUGAAUUCACUUUGGAAAUUAAAGGCACCUCAUCACAGGUUCAGUCAGCUCAACACAUGGUUCAGGAAGCUAUAAAUACUCACAAUGACAAUGAACCAGUUACAAGAAGCUACGGUGGGAUGGAUGAUGGUUUGAGGUAUCCUUACUCAGGCGCUACAUCUUUCCCGGCAUCUCCGUUCUCCUCGCAAUCAUUCGGAGGGUAUGAAUCUUCAAGUUUAGGAGACUACGGAACUUUCAGGCAUUGAAGGGGGAUGUUGCGGGACUAUUGGCUAAUUUCUACAUGUGGAUUGAUUUCAUUGGAAUUAUGUACGCUUGGAGAAGGCUUCAUUCCAAAUGAAUCAACAGUAAAGCCACUGAAAAUGGUUACUGCGUUACGCAGGCUGCGUUGGUUAUGUCAUACAGUAGAUUCUGUGGUGGCUAAGCUUGUAAAGAGCGACAGUAAAUGUAAUGAGGAAGUAUUAAUUUUAUACCGGGUCAUUAAUUUUA